AUUAACCAUGGUUAGCUCUUCCUUCCUUUUUCUUCAGUCAGAUAGCUGAGAGAGAUUAGCUCUCCCUUCCUUUUUCUUCAGUCAGAUAGCUGAGAGAGAGAGAGAGAGAGAUGGUGGAGAUGGUUAUGAUGGGUUUUCGAGGAUUUGGGGAUUCAUGAAAUAUUUGGUUCCAACAGACUUCAUGUGAUUGGUUUUAGGAUUGAAUAUUAGCUUCCAUAAGAGAGAGAGAGAGAGAGAGAGAGAGAGAGAGAGAGAGGAUUUUAUUGGGUUUUUUCUGGAGAUGGGUAUUGGUGAAGUCGCUUGUUGAAGAGGAUUUGGAACAAAUUUCUGUGUGAUUGAGAGAGAGAGAGAGAGGGAGAGGUUUUGAUGAAAAGGAUUGUAUUUAUGAUUGGUUGGGUUGAGGGUUUCUUGUAAUUUAGGAUUGAUUGAAGAAAAGAUUUCAAGGCAUGGGUAAGAAAAAGAUGAAGAAGAGAAGAUGGAAAGAAUCGGCAGAAGCAAGCGGUGAGCAAUCACAGCCCCCAAGGAAACGAGGCCGACCGCGGAAAAUUGUUGUUGAGAAGACUGAAACCCAAGAAGAAAGUGAACAAGAGGAUUCCAAUAAGAAAAAGAAAAGCAGCAGCAGCAGCAGCAGGGAGGAGAAGCAAAAAGGAGUAGAAUCGUCAGCUGCUGCUUCUGAUGCUGCUGUGAAGGAGAAAGAGGAAGUAGGAGAAGAAAAGCCAAAGGAAGAACUCCGGAAAAGCAGUACAAGGAGAAAAAGCCAACCUCGUAAGAGCACCUAAAAUUCUCUCUGGGGAAGAUAAAACAAGAUUUCCUAGAUAGAUUUCGCUCCUCUCCUUUUAUGUAUGUAUUCAUCUUCUUCCAUUUCCUCUACUUUCUUAUGAUAAAAUCUGUAUUACAAAACCACCCAUGCAAGAAAGAGGAAACAAGCCUAUUGAAAUUCA